CAGCAACCGAUGUAAACAAAAGCAUUCAGAAGAGCGCAUUGCCACUAGAUCAGAUUGAAUUGUAAACAGAAUACAGUUAAUAAACGAUUUUCUUUCAAAUCACCAUGGAGAUGGACAUCGCGCUCAACAAACAAGCGUCCACAAUAAUCGACAUUGCCCUGGAAAAUGCGCAGAAUUAUUUACAAGACUUGAGUGAACUUAAAAAAGAAUCGUGCAGUUAUGAGAUGAAGAACAUUGAGUGGACGACAUGCAAGGAUUUCACAAUCGAGCUCGGCCAGAAGCAAAUUGAAGAGUAUAUUUCUACAUGGGAAUGUCAUAGGAGCUGGCUUCACUGCAUUGACUUUCUGCAAGAGAAGGAGUUGGAAUUUAGCAGACAAUACCACUACAGAGUGAGGUGGAGCAUUCCCACACGCAGGAAACCAAUUCCCAGAGCAACAGCCUGCGUCUACUUCAUUCUAGAGAUCUCCAAGGUUAAACCUCCGAGCUUUCCUGUAGAAGUGUACUAUCUUGUGGAAUCAAACCAACUCAUAAACAGGCCAGGUCAGACAAGGUUUAGAGAACAGUGGCUCAAGGAUGUCAUUCAAAGUAAGAUUCUUCUACAGGAAUCCGUCAACUUCUAACAAAUUAUUAGAAGCAAUAAAAUCAAUAAUACAAAAAAUAAAUAAACAACACAGUAUUUUACAUGGAGUUGUAUUUGUGUUAAAUAAAUGCCAGUCCUGACUCGGUUUCACAAUUCAAUGAUUCUUCGUCAGGCAACGCUGACAGGACUUUUCUGAAGAGCAUGUCAGAUAAGAAAAUAACAAGGAAGCUCUGUAUUAAGUCAUGCUACCACAUGGUCAGAAGCAUGACAACAUUUUUUUGUAAAUUUCCAUUAGAAAA